CCAAAGAUCUGCCAAUAUCUGUUCCUUUAUCAAUGCUGAAAGCCGUGCAUGGACUAAUUAUACUCCCUAGUGGAGUACUUACUCAAAUAGUCCUUCAUAGAUCUUUUUCUUCUUCUUCUCUUGUAAACAGUGUACGAAGCUUGUUUGGCACAAGUUUGGCACACAGCGCUUGAAGAAGACAAGCGGUAUGAGCUGCCGAGUUUGAGCGGAGAAAUGAUGGCGGAUUACGAGCAAAACAGAAGGAGUUCCGCCAACGACGGAGCAGGGCCGCAGGAGGAGGAAGGCAGAGUGAAAACUAAGCCUGUCUCUUGUAGCACUUGGGGAGGAGAAGGGACAGCAGUCAAACGCACAUCCAAGCAUCUCACACCUGAAGAUGAGGAAGAGUCCUCAGGAGACCGACCAGCACCCUGCAAAGUCUCCAAGAUAGGCUUUAGCAUGAGCAGUCAGUUGGGGAAGAAGUCGAACCCCAUAUCUAUCAAACUUGGAGCAACAAAACCCAAAGAGCCUGUACCAACAAUUCCUCCAAAAAAGGCAGGGCUGGCGUCAGUUUUUAAUGAAGAUGAUGAUAGUGAACCGGAGGAGAUGCCCCCGGAAGCAAAGAUGAGGAUGAAGAACAUUGGCAGGGAGACGCCAACAUCUGCAGGACCCAAUUCCUUCAACAAGGGCAAACAGGGCUUCUCUGAUCAUCAAAAACUCUGGGAGAGGAAGAUGAAGGCCAAUGCAGACAAACUAUAUCCAGAAGUUGCUGGUGGCUUUGGCAGGUUUGCCUGAAGUCCAAUCCAAACUGGGUAGCACCUUUAAGGCCCUCUGGACCAGUGUGGGGAGCGGGGGGUCUGGCUGGAUGAGGGAUGGUGAGGUUCUACAGGUCCAUAUUAGCAGAAGUUUGAAGAUUGAGUUUUGUAGCAAAGCCUGAAGAUAAUACACAUUAAAACUGAUUUAUCCUUUAAGACAAACUUAACCACUUAACAGAAAGUUGUUCAACUGGAUCCGUUGAUAACAUUGUUUUUUCCUGUGGCUUAUGUUUUGAAAGAGCCACUAGUUUCAGUUUAUGUCAGUAAAUCUGUGAAAUGAAACUAAUGUGGUUAUUUGAGAAAUGCAUUCAGGAUUUAUUUUACUGGGACACAGAACCCAGAACACAAAAGUUUCAUGUCAUAAACACGCAUGUUUAAUGUGGUAAAGACUGGUCAGAAAGUAGAAGAAAAAAGUACUAUAUGCAAUUUAUAGUUAAACAUGUUCGUCCUCUAAUAUUGUUUGUAUUGCCAAGUUAAUGACAGGCAGGGUAUCUGCAGAUGUUGUAAAGUCUUAAAAAACAUUAAAUUUCCUCAAAAAAGGCA